AUCUGAAUGGACCACUGCAAUUGUGGGCCGAUCCGUUUUCUGCGUAUCCACCAUCCCCGGAGAGUGCUUGACGCCUGCCGCAAGUUGCAGCGAGACACCGCCGCGGAAAGAGCGGCGUAUUCUGUGCUCGUCGCGCGGGGGGAGGUUGUGUUUUUUACACCGCCCGAUGUUGCUAUAUAACUGUCUUCCGAGGCCGGCAGUGCAAAUGUAAAUGUGGUCCAUGUAUCAAUCUCCAGGUGAGCGCUUCCCGCAUACAGAAGUUUUCCUCGGCACUUGAACAAGUACAGGCGCUUCGGGAGAGUGCUUUCUUCGGACUACUUUGUCAUCAUCCGUUGGAGAGUCUGUUGUCCAGUGCGCUCACCGCUUUGGAACUACCUGCCUGCCUCAGGGACCGUGCGGCACAUGAUGGCCUACCCCACGAUGCGGCAUUGCUGAGCGUGACGGCAGCGUUUGGUUUCUCCCGGCGUGCGGCGUAGUCUGGAUGCAUCGCUGGACUGCUUCCGCAGUCGCGUCUGUGAAUACUCGACGACCUCACCAAAGACUUAUUAGACCACGAACCCGUUCUUGUCUGUAUAAGACUUCACCGGCAUUUUCUUGAGGGAGAAAUUACAUCAAGGGAGGUUCUUAAGCGUGUCGUUCUAAACAUUUGCCGACCUGACGUAAAUCAAGAAGGGAAAGAAAGCUUGAAGACAGUUUCUCUCAAGAAAGAAAAAAAGUUUAGUUGUCGUUCAUAGCAGAAGUGAACCGAAAUAAACACCGCAAUGCGGUGUCGAAUAAGUCUUUGUGUACAGAUAGUGAGCUUCCUUAUAUAGAAAGCUUGCGACGAAGUGUCGACUAUGGACGAAAGAGUGGGGCAGGCCCAACGUAAAUGUUGACACUUCAAGGUGCUUAAAACUCUUGAGGUAUUCCUAUUAAAGAUUGUUCAGAGUGACUGAUACCGACUGGGGGAACUAUCACCAAGAUGGGCUCCGAACACCUGGGUCCCAACAACUCCAACCCCAACCCCCCGCCGCUCAGUUUGCCGUUCUCCCCGACGGAGACGCCGGCCUGGAUGACCGACGAAUACAUGGACGAGCUGUACCAGAUGUUGCAGAAGGUGGUCAUGCCCAACGCGCACGAGUGGUUCCUCAUUGCGGUCUACGCCGUCCUAUUCCUCACCGGCCUGGCCGGCAACCUCCUGGUCUGCUUCGCUGUGCUCCGGAACGAGCACAUGCGCACCGUCACCAACUACUACAUCGUCAACAUGGCGGUGGCCGACGUGUUGGUCAUCGUGCUCUGCCUGCCGGCCAACGUGAUCGUCGACACCACGGAGACCUGGUUUUUCGGCGAAAUGGCCUGCCGCAUCUUUCCGUACAUCCAGGAGGUGACCGUGAGUGUAUCUGUGUACACGCUGGUCGCCAUAGCCGUUGACAGGUACCUGGCUAUCUGCAGGCCGCUGAAGUUCCACAUUCGGGCGUCGCGUACUCUGUUCAUCGUCGUCUGCAUCUGGCUCUUGUCGUUUACCAUCAUGGUCCCACAAGCCGUGUUCGUCCGCCUCCAGCCCAACUCCAUCGCCGAGCAGUACGGCAAUCCCGUGUGGAUGACGGCAUGUAUGGAGAGUGGCUGGAAUGGGACGACCAUUCAGAAGGUCUACCACGUCGCCAGGGUGGUUGUGACGUACAUCUUGCCCCUGGUGCUCAUGGGGGUGGCCUACGCCUUGGUGUGCCUGCGGUUAUGGUCCGGCAUCCCGACGGAUGAGGCCCAGAGACCUGGGUCAGCCGGACACAGCAAGCAAGUCACCAUGAACAAGUCAACGGAAACACAGCUGGAGUCACGACGCAAAGUGGCCCGUAUGCUGAUCGUCGUAGUGGUCAUGUUCGCUGUCUGCAACCUACCAACCCAUGUCCUGAAUGUGAUAAGGCACAUGGAAGGGUUUCAUACCAGCCCUGAAGUGGACCCGUAUCAGCUUAACCCCGACAAGGUGACGGUAGCGUUCGUGGUCGCUCACUUCAUGAUGUACUUCAACAACGCCAUCAACCCGGUCAUCUACAAUUUCCUGAGCGCUCGCUUCCGGAAGGAGUUCCAACGGGCCUUCUCCUGUUGCCCGUGCGUGAGCGUGCCGGAGCGGCGCAAGCGGCCGGGCAGCGCCUCGUACCAACGGUGCCGGGACUUCACCGCCCGCAGCGGCAACAACGGUGUAAGCCAGACGGACUACCGGUCCCACGACCACAGCACUGAGUACCUGCAACUGUCCAAGCUCGGCAAGGCGAACGGGGCGAACAACAACUCCGCCCAGGCGGCCAAGUCAGGCGUGCCAAGUGUCUGAUCAUGCAGUUGAGCUAAUUGAAUCAAAUUUAAAUUUGGUCUUAAUGGCCGUUCUGUCAGCAUUUUGUUCCUUGGGCAGGUGAAACCAUUUUCACGAAUUAUUCCGCACGGUCCAAGAAAAGAUUUCACGACAGUUUUUAGCCUGUCUCCUAUCUUCAAAGUAAGGAUUUGACAUUUUAACCCCCCCC